AGCGCCGGUAGUAUAUCAGUAUCGGCUCUGGUAUUAUCUCCACUGGCGAAAGGGCUGUUCGCGAGGGCUAUACUAGAGUCUGGCGCUCAGCUUCAGAACCGUAAGGAAAUACAUACCAAAGCCAAGGCAUUAGCCGAGGCCAAGGAAAUGGGCAAACAUUUCAAGUGUACGGACGAUAAGACGUGGUUAGACUGCCUGCGAAAGGUUGACGCGAAUGAGAUCUUCGGUUACACUCAGCUAACUGUAGGUCCCCUCGUGGGCACCGCCUAUAUGCCACUCACGGCACAGGAGGCGUUCAAAGAUGGAAAGUAUAAUACAGACGUGGAUUUGAUCGCUGGUGUAGUCCGUAAUGAGGGCUCACUUCUGGCGCCAAAAAUCAAAGGCAAUAUCACUGAAGAGGUAUUCAUUAAUGCCAUCAAAGGACGCAUCGGUGACAUGGAUUUGGGUCAAGUGUUGGCCUAUUAUCUCAAAGAUGUCAAAAAGGAUGACUACGCGGCCUAUCGGUGGGCAUACUAUGACCUGAUCGGUGAUUCCGGUAUUAAGUGCAGUACAUAUCUGUUUGCCAAACAAGUGGCCCAACACUCGACCACAAGGAAUGUCUACUUUUAUGAACUCACUUAUGGACAUUUGCAGGGAUGUGAUGAGCAGACAAUGGGUAUAUGCCAUGGAUCUGACAUUGAGUUUGUGUUCAACAAGACUCACUCCAACCCUCAACUUGACCUACCAUUCAGUAAGGAAUGGAUGACUUAUUGGACUAAUUUUGCUAAAACUGGUGUUCCCACGACUGACGCCAAAUGGCCUAAACUUGUGAACAAAGCCGAAGAAUACCAGAUAUCGAGGUUUAAGGACAUGAAUCCA